AUGGCAUCAUUCUUCCUGCAAUGUGAUUAUACACUAGCGGUUGUAGAUAGAGCCCUUCAACACGUUGACACUGUCCCCCGAGAUACAGCCUUACGACCACCUAACGACGGACAAUCCAACAGAGAAGUCAUCCCCUUAAUCUUAACAUACAACCCCAUAAACCACCAUGUAAAGAACAUCCUAUCAAGAAACUUCGACCUUUUAAAAUCUGACCCUGAAACUAAGGAACUGUUUGAUAACUCGCGAGUACUCGGUGCAUACCGCCGCGACACCAACCUGCGUGAUUCCUUGGUCAGCAGCAACCUUCAAUCCGGCGCAAACACUGAGGAUGAACCAAAUGGAACUUUUCCCUGCCGUCGUCCACGAUGCAAGACCUGUGCCCAUACCAACCCAGCCUCCCAGAUCAACACCCCCGGUGGACCUCUGACCAUACGGCAGAGGUUCUCAUGCACGUCAAGUAACCUCGUGUAUAUCAUAACUUGUCGGGCAUGCACUCUGUCGUACGUUGGCGAAACCGGACGUAGGCUUGGGGACAGGUUCUGCGAACACCUCAGAUCUGUCUCAAAGAAAGCUGACCUACCCGUUGCUAAAUAUUUUUCCACCCCCGGUCACACAACUGAUAAUAUGAUGGUAGCUGUUGUUCGAGCGGGUCUUCACAACACCAGGGACAGACGUAGAGCGGAGGGCCGCCUAAUUUUUAAAUGCAAAACUCUACAGCCGCGCGGCAUAAACAUUGACUUC